AUGAAGAUGGAUUUCGACGCCAUCUUAGAGGACGUUGGACCCUUUGGUACUUAUCAGAAAUUAGUGAUCUAUCUAGUACUACUGCCUGCCGUGAUUCCUUGCGGCUUCCACGCUUACGCACAGCUCUUCAUGGCCGCCGAUGUUAAGCAUUGGUGUAGAGUGCCCGAGCUCGAACACGUACCUGAUCAGGACCUGGUUAAGAAUUUAAGUAUACCACUGGAGCUGAAGAAUGGCGUUCUUCAGUAUUCAUCAUGCACGAUGUACAAUUUAAACUAUAGCGAAAUCGUGAAGAGCUACCAGAACUUGGUUGAUGCUGCGGCCAAUAAGGCACCCGCAGACAUCAUCCCUUGUACUCAAGGAUGGAUUUACGAUAAAACCAUUUAUAAGAGCACUAUCGUUACUGAGUGGAAUCUGGUCUGCAAUAAAGAUUUCUACUCGACUCUUGGACUGGUGCUACUGGCUGCUGGUGGUAUAAUCGGCAAUUACAUAUUCGGCUACCUCCAGGAUUCCCUUGGGAGGAAACCAUCUUUUUUCAUCUACCUCCUUAUUGAGUGCAUCUUUGGGAUAGCUACGGCUUUUGCGCAAAACUACAUAAUAUGGAUUAUUUAUAGAAUUGGAGUCGGGUUUACUGUUCCUGCGAUCAUGACUACACCUUACGUUCUUGCAAUUGAGUUGGUUGGACCCCGCUAUCGCACACUCUGCACUAUUAUUUCGAAUAUUGCGUACUCCAUGGGUCUAAUCCUGCUGGCUGGUGUCGUUUAUUUGGUCCGCGAUUGGCGGCCCUUGGCAUUAGCAACGACCCUGCCGUUCCUUUGUUUCUUCUUGUAUUUAUGGCCGAUGCCGGAAAGCCCGAGAUGGCUACUCGCUAGGGGACAGUUCGACAAAGCGGAGGCUAUAUUAAAAACGAUGGCCAGGAUCAACGGUAAAUCUCUGCCAGCCAAUUAUAUGGUACACCUUCACCGGAAGUACGAAACUGACAAACAGCACCACGAAGUGAAAAAGUUCAAGGCACGGAAGUACGGCAUCAUGGACCUCUUCCGAACACCGAAUUUGAGGAAGAAAACUAUCAUCAUCACGUUUAUCUGGUUCACCAAUACCAGCGUAUACGUUGGGCUGUCGUAUUACGCGCCCGUCCUUGGAGGUGAUGAGUUUUUGAACUUUUUCCUGGCUGGUGUAGUGGAGCUGCCGACGUAUCUGUUUCUGUGGCCUUCGAUGGAGAGACUCGGGAGACGUUGGACUCUGUGCAUGAGUAUGGUGGUCGGUGGAGUGGCUUGUUUGACCACGUUUUUAGUGCAACAUGAAGCGAACGUCACUCUCGCACUUUACUGCGUGGGAAAGAUGGGCAUUUCAUCAUCAUUCGUGGUAUUACCAUUGAUGGCUUCGGAGUUGUAUCCCACAGUGGUCAGAGGUCUCGGUAUGAGUCUCAGCUCAGUACUGGGCAUGCUCGGACCUAUAUUCAUACCGCUUGUGAAUUACUUGGGCUCGGAUAUCAUGGUUCUCCCAUUAAUUAUAAUGGGAGCGUUACUCGUAGCGGGAGGUAUUGCCAGUUUACUCCUUCCCGAAACACUGAACCAGAAUCUGCCGCAGACUUUGGAAGAUGGAGAGAAAAUGGGUUUGGAUACGGACUUCUGCUGUCAUCCUCCAGUCAAAGAAACUGUAACACACGAGCUGGAACGAAAAAACAUACCAACUUGUGGAGCUUGCAAUGUUUUAUGUUCUUGUGAAAUGAUUAAUAUUACUCUAGAAACUGGUGAAAAAGAACCGGAAAAAAACGAUUUUGUUAUUUUAACCCCAAAACAUACUGAAUAA